AUGAACUACAGAUCAAAGAAUCACUUUUCAUCUCUCAAUAACCUUAUCUUUGAUAUCAAUUCAAUUAAAAAGUAAAAAGAAAACACAUCAUUGCAAAAAGAACAUCAAUUUGAUGUAUCUCCUACAUAAAAGAAAUAAAUUAGACUCAAAAAAUAAGAAAUCAAUUAUCAUAGCUUGGUUGAUCUAAAAUAACUUACCAGAAGUAGAAAUGUAGUUCUACCUAAUUAUGAACCAACUAGAUGUUCUCAAAAUAACAAUGGUCUAAUAAAAGCAUAUGCAGCAAAUACAAAUUAAGGAAUCAUUAGGAAUUACAAUGAGGAUAGAGUAUCCAUUAUCUUGAACAUCAUCAAACCACAACACAGAUCUUAAGAAACUUGGCCUAAAUGUGCCUUCUUUGGUGUUUAUGAUGGACAUGGAGGAUCAACCUGUGCUGAUUUCCUAAGGGAUAACUUGCACUAAUAUGUGACUAAGUAGAGCGAAUUCCCCUGGAAUCCAGUGGCAGCAAUUAAAAAAGGAUUUCAAAUGGCUGAAAAGGAUUUUCUUGCUUAAGCCUUGGAAUAGUAUGGAAAGGGAAAGCAAGAGAGAAGUGGUUCUUGCGCGUUAAUUAGUUUAGUGGUAGGAGAUUAUUGUUAUGUGGCAAAUGUCGGAGAUUGUAGAGCAAUAUUAAGUCAAGAAAAAGGGAAAAAAUCGAUGGAAUUAUCAGUUGAUCAUAAACCGGAAAUAGAAUAUGAAAGAAUUUAAAAAAAUGGAGGUAAAAUAUACUAAACACAUCUAAUAAAUGAAAACGGCAUAUAAAUAGUAGGACCCUAUAGAGUGUUCCCUGGGAGAUUAUCUGUUUCCAGGACAUUUGGGGAUAUAGAGGCAAAACUGGGACAAUUUGGUGGCAAUGAAAAUGUGGUCAUUGCAGAGCCAGACAUUCAAAUUUUUCGUAUUACUCAAGAGAAUGAUUUUAUUGUGAUGGGAUGUGAUGGAAUUUUUGAUAAGAUGAAAUCUGAAGAAGUGAUCAAGAAGAUAUGGUCAGAACUUGAAUCGCAGAAGAAUACUCAUAAUCUACAUGGGUAGAUUUCAGCAGCAGUUGAUUCUGUUCUCAAAGAGGUUGUACUUCGGAAAAGCAGCGAUAAUAUCACAUUGCUUAUCAUUGCUUUUAAUGAAUUGGUUGUUUAAUAAUAGACUCCAUAAUCAAAGAUCAAUUCUAUUUCUAAUUAGAUCGAACUCUUAUAAAUCUUUCUAAAGAAUAAAAUUAAUGAUGAAAAUUAACCAGAAUUUAAUCAAAAAAAAUAAAGUCCAGUCAGCCAAUUAUUUCAUAAAGCUGAAAGAAAACAUCUCCAUUUAAAGGAGAAUUAAGAAACAACUGUUAAUAGAGUAAGAUCAAGCUUUAACUUUUGA